AUGAAUGAUAAACUUAGUUGUGAUAAAGUGCCAGCAAAAUUUUCGGAAUGGCUUCUCGGUAUGGGUUGUCCCGCAGAAAAAGUACCUUCUAUCGAAAAGAUGUCUCAAAUGUGCAGAGGCCAGUACUACAUGGUAUGGCGAAGUCUAAUGGAACACCUGGAGGCUAAAGAUAUAAUACGACAGAAAAGGUUGCAAGUCUUUUGUGAUGAUAUCAAAAUGUGUCGUGAGAAGUAUUUAUUUAAUAAGCAUGGAUCAAAUAUAAUUGUGCCAGAGGAACUAAAAGUAUGGCGACAGCAAAGGGAUAUUAAACAGCAAGUUGACGAAGCAGAAAAUAGAAUAGCACAAAAAAUAAAAGUACAAAAGGAGCUUCAGAACAAAAUUAUGUGCAAAAUUAAUCAACGUAAUUACAUACAGCAGCAGAUCAAGGAUCUCCAAAGACGUAACUGGUUACUGCAACAGGUUUCAAACGAUCUGACCAAUAAGAAGACAAAUCUGGAUGAAACUAAGAGUAUAUCGGAUUCAUUGUGUAGUUAUGUCGACGAUAAUGAUGUUGAGGAUAAAUUGGAUAAAUGUCUUUCUUCAGCAGUAACCCAUCAGUUUCCACUGUCUAAUGCAAUGGCCAGUUCAUCAUUGGUGUCCCAGGAACAUGAUAAUGCUGAAAGAGAUGAAAACAUAAAGAUACUAGUAAAAUGCCGCGGCGAUGUCUUGUGGCCGCAUCUAUAUGAAAAGCGUGCGGCGUUAGUGGAAAAACUUGCGUCCGAAAAUACAAAACAAAACCACGAUGUUAUUGCUAACAAGAUAACUCCCCAAACGAUAUUGGCCCAUACCGCGGCUUUGCAUGCAUCUUUGUCUCUGCAAGCGAUGAAAAAUAAGUUACAGCUUCAACAUACAAGGGAGAGGUUCGCAACUGCUAUCGACGAUCUUAAUAAUUAUAUAUCAGGUGAAUCGUGCGAGCUUCUAGUACUGAGAUGUGAGAGGGCGAGGUCGGAGGCUAGAGUGAAAUCACUCAAAUCACUCUUAACAGAGUUGAGUGAGUGCAGCGGAGUGUUCAGUGUUGAAGGGAACGGGGAUAACAUUGAAGCAACGCCCAAAGACAUUGCUAGUAUUGAUAAAUGUAUUGUUUACAGUAGAGACAAACUUAAAGUGUUGAUAUCAACGUUGGUUACCACUGAGAGGAAAAUUAAUAAUAUCAAAGAGUGUCUGAUCGGUGUUUUCAAAUCAUUUCAUAGCAAUGGCGCUGUAGAUGAAGUGUUUAGAGGAGUCCUGCUAGAUUUCCCUAAAGAACCGAUGCCAAUCUUAAAACAAUUCUUCACAGACAGAUGUGGGACGAUCAAAGAUGGUACUCUCAGCAUGGAGUUAGAAGUUUCAGAGUGUUCAUUCAGUGAAAAUAUUGAUUCAAGUCCAAGAUUUGUGGAUGAAUUAAAGAUAUACUUGAAAAAGUUCAAUUUGGAGAACAACAAGAAACUCGUAUUGGACAACGGUGAGAAGAUCUGGUUGUUUGAAACUAUUAAAGUUUUAUAUUCAAAGUUGGUUAAUGAGAUGUCUGUCAGUGACCAAACUAUUCUUUGCCCAUCAUUACUUCCCGGACGAGCUUUCAAACAGUUGAUUGAUGAUGUACAUGAAAUAAACUUAGUACAGAGUCUUAUUAAAGAUUGUAAUGUUAAUGAAGAAUCAGCUUUAAAUAUAGAUAUAAAAUCAAAAAUAACGCAAGAAGAAAUUGUAUCUGACAAAAUAAAGAAGACCAUAUCAGAAAAUUCGAAUUUGUUGGCAAAAAUAAACAAAACAUUGGAUUCAAGUCGCGAGGAUCUGCUGUUCUGGUCUGAAUCGAACUUGAAGAAGUUCAUCUCUAACAAUAGGACGGUCGAUGGAAAAACUUACAAGGAAUAUGAAACAUUAUACUUGGAGCAUAUUGCAUUGAAUUCAUGA